CGUUUCCUGUCGCUGCUUGGUAACAAUGGGGAAGAUAAUGGCUGCCUGAGCAACGUCUCGGAGCAGGCGCUGGGCUAGAGGCGGGUCUCCACCAGCGACUCAUCGGAGGCGGGCUCGAGAGAGGCUGCAGGGGAGGCGCGCAGGAGCCUCGGCGGCGGCGGCCGAACCGACCAAGACGAAUCCGACACUAAACCGAAGCAGAGAGUGAAGAAAACUAAAAUCCAGUUUAUUGUAUUACAAUACUAUGUCAUAACAGUCAGAUAAUUUUCCACUUGUUCAUCAAGAUGGAAAGCUCAGAUUCUAACGAUAAAGGAAGUGGUGAUCAGUCUGCAGCACAGCGCAGAAGUCAGAUGGACCGAUUGGAUCGGGAAGAAGCUUUCUAUCAAUUUGUAAAUAACCUGAGUGAAGAAGAUUAUAGGCUUAUGAGGGAUAACAAUUUGCUAGGCACCCCAGGUGAAAGUACUGAGGAAGAGUUGCUAAGAAGACUACAGCAAAUAAAAGAGGGCCCUCCACCACAAAACUCAGAUGAAAAUAGAGGUGGAGAUUCCUCAGAUGAUGUGUCUAAUGGUGACUCUAUAAUAGACUGGCUUAACUCUGUCAGACAAACUGGAAAUACGACAAGAAGUGGGCAAAGAGGAAACCAAUCCUGGAGAGCAGUGAGCCGGACUAAUCCAAAUAGUGGUGAUUUCAGAUUCAGCUUAGAGAUUAAUGUUAACCGUAAUAAUGGAAGCCAAAAUCCAGAAAAUGAGAAUGAGCCAUCUGCAAGACGUUCUAAUGGAGAAAAUAUGGACAACAAUAGCCAGAGGCAAGUGGAAACUCUACGAUCUGACUCAACAUCUGCAAGGCCAUCCAGAUCAGAACGAAAUUCAACUGAAGCAUUAACGGGAGAAGCCCCACCUACGAGAGGUCAGAGAAGGGCAAGAAGUAGGAGCCCAGACCAUCGGAGAACCCGGGCAAGAGCUGAAAGAAGUAGGUCACCUCUGCAUCCAAUGAGUGAAAUUCCACGACGAUCUCAUCACAGUAUCUCAUCUCAGACUUUUGAGCAUCCUUUGGUCAAUGAGACUGAGGGAAGUUCUAGAACCCGGCACCAUGUGACAUUGAGACAGCAAAUAAGCGGACCUGACUUGCUAAGUAGAGGUCUUUUUGCAGCUUCUGGAACAAGAAAUGCCUCUCAAGGAGCAGGUUCUUCAGACACAACUGGCAGUGGCGAAUCUACAGGAUCAGGUCAGAGACCUCCAACCAUAGUCCUUGAUCUUCAAGUAAGAAGAGUUCGUCCUGGAGAAUAUCGGCAGAGAGAUAGCAUAGCUAGCAGAACUCGGUCAAGGUCUCAGACACCAAACAACACUGUCACUUACGAAAGUGAACGAGGAGGUUUUAGGCGUACGUUUUCACGUUCUGAGCGGGCAGGUGUGAGAACCUAUGUCAGUACUAUCAGAAUUCCCAUCCGUAGAAUUUUAAAUACUGGUUUAAGUGAGACCACAUCUGUUGCAAUUCAGACCAUGUUAAGGCAGAUAAUGACAGGUUUUGGUGAGUUAAGCUACUUUAUGUACAGUGAUAGUGAUUCAGAGCCUAGUGGCUCAGUCUCUAGUCGAAAUAUGGAAAGGGCAGAAUCACGGAAUGGAAGAGGGGGUUCUGGUGGUGGUAGCAGUUCUGGUUCCAGUUCGAGUUCCAGUUCAAGUUCCAGUUCCAGUUCCAGUUCCAGUUCCAGCCCUAGUUCCAGUUCCAGUGGUGAAAGUUCAGAGACUAGCUCAGAGGUGUUUGAAGGCAGUAAUGAAGGAAGCUCAUCAUCAGGCUCAUCAGGUGCCAGGCGAGAGGGUCGACAUAGGGCCCCAGUAACAUUUGAUGAAAGUGGCUCUUUGCCUUUCCUUAGUCUGGCUCAAUUUUUCCUCUUAAAUGAGGAUGAUGAUGAUCAACCUAGAGGACUCACCAAAGAACAGAUUGACAACCUGGCAAUGAGAAGUUUUGGUGAAAACGAUGCAUUAAAAACCUGUAGUGUUUGCAUUACAGAAUAUACAGAAGGCAACAAACUUCGUAAACUACCUUGUUCCCAUGAGUACCAUGUCCACUGCAUCGAUCGCUGGUUAUCUGAGAAUUCAACUUGUCCUAUUUGUCGCAGAGCAGUCUUAGCUUCUGGUAACAGAGAAAGCGUUGUGUAAUUAAGGUCUGAACUGUCAGCUAUGAAGCUGGUAUAGUGAUGGGCAAACAGGAAUCACUUGCUUUAUGUCCACUUUUUGAGUGGUGCUUAAAUGUAAAGUAGCAACCUGAAUUGAGUCACUGCUUUCUGAAUGAAUCAUUGUCCUUUCUCCAGUUUCUGUUCCAGAAUAAAAGGAAAUAUUUAAAAAACAAUGUUUUAGGACACAAAAAUCUGAUUUCAGUAUCAGUAAUUGGUAUUACUGAUCAUUUACUAUAUACACUUGGCAUUUUCUCCUUUGUUAUCUUAAAAGAUCUGCCUUAUCAAUGGCUCUAAUCUGUUUGACGUUGAUCUUUAAAGUUUCCCAUGCCAUAGGAGAGAGGGCUGAAGGAAAUUCCCAGUUUAGAAUAAGUUACAGUAAAUGUUUCCUAAGUGAUUGCUUAAAGCUAUACUGUUCCCAGUUAUUAGUUGGCACAAAUUCAACUACGUUAUGAAUAUUAUUUGUUCGCCUUUCAGAUGAGGUGAUAUUGGACAUGUCAGUGUAAAUAACACUAAGGUUAGGAUCUUCUAAAUGUAUAACUGUCUCCUAAGCCCAUCACUGUGGCACACUGUAGAGUGAGCUUAUAGUUUAAUUGAGAUAUUUAUCUUGUGGAAAUAUUAAAAAAAAAAAGCUUAUGCUUGUGUAAGUGAAAAAAAUCACAUUCAUUUCUUUAAAAAUGUAAAGCUAUUUUGUAGAGGCUCAGUACUUUUCCAAUGCACUGUUGUAUUAAUGCAUUAAAAAUUGUAAAGUACCAUGCUUAGAAAUGAAAAAACUGCUUUUUGUGAGCCAACAUAGUAAAAAACACACCAAACAAAGUACAAAGCUGCUUUUGUAAGUGUGUAGAUGUCAAGAGCAGAACAUAUCUAUAAUAUUUAAUGUAUGUGAACAGCUACUGUGACAUGCAAAGGAAAGGACAGAGUGCAGAAUUGAACUGCAUUGAAGACCAAUGGAAAUUGUGUAUUUUAACUUGGAUUUAGGCAGGAAAUGAAAGAUGGGAGGAGUAAAGAAAAUUGCUCUAAAGAAUUUAAACUUUUCAUGAAGACAGUAAUCAUACAGAUGUGGACUGCUUUCAUUCAGUGAGAUCCUUGACACAGUAUUCUACUUGAGCAGAUGAAGUAGAUCAGCAAAUUUGGCAGAGCUUUGGUUUAAGAAAAACUACUACCGCCAGGCACAAGUUACAUUGAUGUUUUCUGGGUUUUUUGGUUUUUUUGUUUUUGUUAAAGUCUGCUCCUCAAAAAAAAAAGGAAAAAAAGGAUGGAGGAAAGGGACUCUAAACCACUCUUAGCAUAAGAAUUGAGAUUGGUAAAAAUCUGUAUUCUAAUCAGAAUGUCUCUAAUUUGCAUUGUUUUUUGAGAUUUGAAAAUUAAGGUACCAGUGCACACUUAUUAAUGUUUUAUUACUGUCUCUAACACAGACCUAACAUCGCACAUUUAAAGAUCAGUUGAAGAAUUAAGGGGCGUUUAUCCUUAAUUGAAAGUGAGUCUUGUUGGGUUACUUGAAAUUCAAAUUUCAGUUGUGCUGCCCAUAUUUGAAGAUGAGACUGUUGUCAUGAGCUAUGGGACAGGCACUUUAUGUUUCCUUAGUACUAAGAAUAGGUUUGUGAAGAACCCUAGUACUCUUGCUGAAUUUGUCUUGAGGCCAGGUUGGGGUUAGGAUUAGUCUGACUGUGGAGGGCUGUUUUUCUGGGAAAUUCUAAUAGGCCCAAAGAGGAAUUUAACACAUCCCUGGCCUUGAACAAAGUGAGCUAACUACCCAGGCAUAGUCAAAUACUCUACAAAAUAAGCAAGUCUGCUUUAGGAAUUAUUUGGCUAUCUUAACUGUUACCAGUUUAGCUGUAAAGAUUAUUUCAAAGCUCAUUCUUUCAUGUUUUCCUCUGGCUUUCAAUCCUACCUAAGUAUCAAGGAAAUUUAAUUUGUAAAUACAGUAGUUGUUUACUAAGGAUAUGUACUGCUCUUGCAAGGAAAUAAUGUCCAAACAAAGCUUCACUUAUUUUUUUUUAUAUAAGCAGAUUUCACUGCUUAUGGCGCUUAUGUAAUACAUUUUAUCUUUUUAAAAAAAAUUGUCCAUGUGAAAGUCAGGAUUCCUUUAUAUUUGUGAGCCUCCUUGUCUCCUUUCCUAAGGGUAUAAUCUACGGUUUUCAGAUCUGCAAGAUAGUCCUCAUUGGCUAAAACCAAACCCACUUUUUUCUUGAUAAAAAAUGUCCCAUUAUUAUAGGGGUGUUCAUUUAAAAUAGGUUUAAAAACACCUGUAGCACAUUCUAAGCAUUAAAGAAAGUUAUUGACAACAGGUACCUCCCUAACCUCCCAAGAUGUAUUACUCAUUUGUGAAGUAUUAAAGUAAGAGGUAACUCAUGCAGAAUGCUGGUUAUGAAUGUAGAUAUUGAAGCUAUUCAUAAACACUGGAAAUAGAUUUUUAAGUUUUUAGCCUCCAGUAGAAUGCACAUUGGACAUGUGCAUGUGGACACCUUUUCCAGCCGCACUCAUUCAUUUCCUUUGAAUUAUGUAGAAUGGAUAAAAAUAUUUCAGUGGAAUUUGCUACUUUUUAUUUCACAAGGUCCAUAACUAAUAUAUACUUAAUAAUAUUGUGGACAUUGAAGACAAGGUCAUUUGUAGGUGUCAGAUGUACAAUGGAGAACAAAAAUAUUUUUUUUCUACCAGCAUCCAAACACCUGUUUUCUCGAGGGAGCAUUUUCUUGCAAAAGACUUUACAUUUCAUUUUGUAUCUUUGCACUUUUUCUUUAUUACAGAAAGGUUCUGUCUUGAAGACCUAGUUUGAACUUCAUGCAGUAAUAGGAACAAAAAAGCAAAGCUGGGAGAUUACAUUGUUCAAGGCAUAGGGGAAAAGUACUAAAAACUGAGUUUCCUUGAAUAUUUCAGAUAUUUUUAAAAAUUUACUGGCCCGAAGUGUCUGAAGUGUAUUGUUAACUCCAAGCAGCUGACAAGUUGAGAUUUUUAGGUACUAAAACCAAAAUUGAACAAGUUAACUUUAAAGUUGGCGGGCUUUAUCUGUAGCAUCACUGGAAAAUGAAUCAUGUUAAUUUGGAAUAUUUGCUCAAAAGAGAACACAUUGGUUGUACCUCAGUGGUAUUAGUGGUUAAUGAAGGUGGGGAUUGAAAAAAGUGUUCACAUUAGUGUUGACGUAUAGGUAAUAAUCGUGCAACUAACAAAAAAUGUUUAGCAUCAGGAUUUUAUAUGAAUAUAUAUAUAUAUAUAUAUGUUCUCUAAAAACAUGAUUGUUGGUAUUCACUCAAAUUGUAAGAUUAGGAAAUUGAUUAGGUAUGUUACCUCGGAUAAUUUUUUCCACUGGGAAAAUGCGUCCUUUCCGUGCCAAGUAUUCUCUUCUAGUGUCAGUUUCUCAAAUAAUAUUUAUCAAAGGUUAUCACUUAAUAUGCUCUGUACUUAACCACCUGCUUCCCACAUAUCCAUGAUGUAAGUUGGGUCAAGCAUCAACCGUGACUUAAAGUCAGUUCCCAAAAUACUCAGGUGAUAGGGAGGUGAAUGUUGUGAAAUGUCUCUUAAAAGUCCAAUUUUUCAGCUUGCCUAAAACACUGGCAACUUGUGGAUGUUAAUUGCUACUUUAAGGAUGGAGGAUAUUUUUACCCUUUCCCCCCAACACACAUUCAUUUGUUUUCUCCCUUUUGUGAACAAAAAAUAUUUGUAAUCUGCCUUGUUAGAUUUUUUUUAAAGUGUUACCUUACUGGCUUUCCUGUCAAAUGUAUUACCAAUAUUCAAGCCACAUUUGCCAGGGUACUUUUAUUCUUUUCUUGUCUUAUGAAACUAUGCUGAUUGCUACUUUUUAAAGUAUUGGGUACCUUAGUAAUGCAAGAGGUUGACAAGGCACAUGUCAGGCAGUUUCCCCCUUGAGUAUAGUAUGAUUCUUCAGUAUGUUUAAUAUUCAAUAACAGUGUUGUAAUUCACUGAAUUAACUAAUAAAUUGCGUACAUUUGAAAAAAAUUAAAAAUUAAAUCAGCAUUUUUAUUUCGAAAGUUGAAGGGAAAAGUGAGAAACUAGUAUUUUACUUAUUUUAAAGUCAGACUUAAUAAGGAACUAAGAAACAGUAUGAGCUUGGUACUGGUCCUUUUAAAGUCUAACAUUCUGAAAUAAGAAUUCUUAACUGGAAUGCUUCUAAAAUAUUAUCUACUAUCCCCAACAAGUGGGCGAUUUAAGUUACUCCAUUUUGUACUAAAAUACAGCAUAGGAUAGAACUUGUUACUAAGGUGUUGGACCUCUCAAGGAAUAACAGAUUGUAUCAGUUUUACGAAUAUUUUCAUUUUGUUUCAUGUUUUAAUUCAAGUUUGAAGGAAAUAGGCACACCCUCCAACAUCAAAAUUAGUGAGAUAUUUGCUUUUGAUUAGGAUUUGUUUACUAACAGACCUAUAAGCUGCUUUAGAGUCACUUGGAUUGAAUGAGACGCAAAAGACAUGCAGUGAAAGCGAUCCCCAUUAUGCCACUGUGCCUAGUUAUUUCAAGGUUCCUCUGUCAUUUCCUCAUCUUGCAGAUUAUUCCAGGUAUGGUUAAACUAGUUGCCCAGCCUUAACUCUUUAGUGCCCCUUCACUAACAUCCUUUUAACUGAUUGAUUUAUACGUGUUUUAACUAUCCAGUGUUUGGAUUUUACCUCUUGAUAGCUCCAUUUGUCCCUGGUGCUGCUUUUAAAGAUGUAGGGUCAUGUGAUCAGGUAUCAGGUUGAGUAGGUACGCAAUUGGCCUGAUUAUGUAUCUGUGCCUGUUUUAUCUUCUCCCAGGAAGAGCUGCUUUGGUAUAGAUGUUUACUUGGAUUCAUAUAAAGAACUGGGCAGCAAUCUUGGGAAGCUUUCUGAAACCUAUAAGAACCUGAAGGGAUUUGGAGGGGAACAGGAACAAAGGCUGCCUUUAUGUCUUUGAACAUGAAGCACAUAAAUGUAUGUUCUGUCAAGAAUAAAGUGAUUGUUAUACCAGGGCUUCCCGACCUCUGGGAGAAAUUUUCAAAAAAUAAAAAGCAGAAAGGAGCACAAAGUGAUGAGAAUUCAAUUGGCUUGCUUUAUCUGGUUUCUGGUUUUCUUUCCAUUUAAACCUGAACAUAACACCCUUCUCAUAUAUAUAUAUAUAUAUAUAUAUAUAUAUAUAUACACACACACACACACACACACACACAUACAUACACACACACACACACACACAGCAGACUCCUGGUUGGGAAGCCCUGUAUUAAAUUUUGAGAAUGUACCCAGUUUCCUUUUUUUUGUACAGUGCUUUUACACCUGCUAAAAAUUAACUUGUUUAAUGCAAAACAAGACCUUGAAAGGUCAAGUCAUAUUAAAGCUGGUUUGAUUAUUAAUAGUUAUCUUUAGGAAGAAGCUUUUUCCCUAUGUAAGAUGUCAUACUGCAGACUUAAAAUAUAGACUAUCAAUAAAAUGCAUGAAGUGAUCAUUUGUGCUUGAUCAUCUCUCCUUGGGUUUUUCUUUAAAAGGGGGAAUCUGAUAAAGAUUCUGUUGCUUCAAGCUGAUACCGAGUAGAUGAUUUUUAGAAUGAAAUGGAAUCACAGUGAAACCUUGAUUUUGAUUCCCCUCAUUAUCUAUGAGUACGGGCAGGUACUGGUUUAUGGGACAUAACUUGUGUGUUUGUAUCGUUUAGUGGCUUAAUCUUGAAGUGGUAAAAUAAAAGAUUGAAAGUAUAUACCAAUACAAGGAUCCUGGGAAAAUUUAUGUAAACAUUUUAAGUAGGUACAUCUUCGCUGUUUCCUUGUAUUCUCACCAUUGCCCUGACUACUCCCUCGCUUGGCCUGUAUAAAUACAAAAACUUGGCUAGGUGUGCAUGUGUGAUCAUGCAGCUUCUCUUCCAUCCCUACUUCCAACCUUCAUGCGUAUUUCU